UGUCCUAAGCAUGUAUAUAAUCUGCGAUAACGUUAUCAUCGGUUUCAUAUAUUUUGUGCAAUAUCGAGACAUUUCGAAAAUGGUCUUGAUGAACAGCAUGGAGGGAAUUUCGCUGUAAUAAUAUUUUUGUCUUAUGCGCGCGGUACUGCACCGUGAUAUCUUUUGCACUGUUGAAUAAGGCCGCUAAACACAGAGUCAGUGAUUAGUAGUAGAUCUCAAUUCGCAGUUCGCGCUGUAUUGCGGUCGAUGGCCUCGUGUACGUUAAACUUCAUACACGAGGUAUUGCCGAAGAGUGAUUCACUGUAAUAACAACAUGGUACAGCAUGCACAUUAAGUACAGAGGAAUGUUACAAUAAGACAUCUCCGUAGAUGAUUUCGUAACGUAGUUCUUUUCUCGAGGAUAGAUGCAUUUUGAUAAUGCAAACAUGCCAUUGAAGAAUAUAGUCGAAUGGACACCUUCCGAUGUAGUACAAUGGCUUAAAGAAACUGGCUAUGAGGAAUAUGCAAAUCUAUUCUUUAAACAUGAAAUUGAUGGAAAAGUGCUUCUGAUGUUGAAAGAAGAAGACUUGAAAUCCCAAAUUAUGAACAUAGACAAGAUUGGUGCUAUAAAAAAGAUAUAUCUUGCAAUCAAACAAUUGCAAAGAGACAAUGUUGCUGUUUUAUUUGAUUUAGGAUAUAUGGAUUUGUUUUCAUCAUCAAAUUUUUACACCCAUCAUCAGAAUAAACAUGAGAUGCCUAGUACCGGCACAAAUAAUGAAGCAUCUAUAGAACAUGAAUUUUAUUCGGCUUCUGUAUCGGAGGAUGGGCAUGCUUCUCAUCUGCCUCCAGAAAUCUGGAAGACUGUUAUUAGUUUAGGAUAUUUGUUUAUUGUCACAUGGAUAACCGCCUUUGUAAUGGUCAUCGUUCACGAUAGAGUGCCUGAUAUGAAAAAGUAUCCUCCAUUGCCAGAUAUAUUUUUGGACAAUGUACCUCAUAUCCCUUGGGCAUUCGAUAUAUGCGAAGUUAUCGGAACUCUACUUUUCGCGAUAUGGCUUGUUGUGCUUAUAUUUCAUAAAUAUAGAUUCAUUUUGUUACGGAGGUUCUUUGCACUGUCAGGUACAGUCUUCCUAUUGAGAUGUGUGACAAUGCUCAUUACUUCCUUAUCAGUACCAGGUGCGCACUUACAAUGCCAACCGCGGAAAGUUCCAGAUGAAGAUUGGACAGGCUCCGCAUAUGUCGAAUUGUACAAUAAAAUAGCAAUGGCAUAUGUUAUAUGGCGGGGCGCUGGUAUGUCUAUUCAAGGUGUGAGAACCUGCGGGGAUUACAUGUUCAGUGGACAUACAGUAGCUUUAACUAUGCUUAAUUUCUUCAUCACAGAAUAUACUCCGAGACAUUUGUACUUUUUACAUACUUUCACAUGGAUGCUCAAUAUGUUCGGUAUCUUUUUCAUCUUGGCAGCGCAUGAACAUUAUUCUAUUGACGUUUUUGUGGCGUUUUACAUUACUUCACGAUUGUUUCUUUAUUAUCAUACAUUGGCGAAUAAUCAAGCGCUGAUGCAACGUGAUUCAAUUAGAACCAGAAUUUGGUUUCCGUUGUUCAGUUUUUUCGAGGCAUCCGUCGAUGGCAUUGUUCCUAACGAGUACGAAUCGCCGUCUUUGAUCAUUUGUAACUUAGCAGGCACAGGAAAGAAUGCUUGGAAUUGUCUACGCUCAUUAAUUUGCUUCCGAAAAACGCGACGUAGUAUGAACGGUAGCGUAAAUAGCACAAAGAAAGAACAUUAACUGGUAUGUUCAUUACGUUCUUUUUUUUACUUUUAUAUAAGACUUUUAAGAAUGUUGACUGUCAGAUCUGUUUAUACGAAAAAAUAAUAUAUUAAAAACGA